AUGGGCAGGUUGGACUGCAGUCAGUGUCAUGGGCUGGUUGGACUGCAGUGGGUGUCAUGGGCAGGUUGGACUGCAGUCAGUGUCAUGGGCUGGUUGGACUGCAGUGGGUGUCAUGGGCAGGUUGGACUGCAGUGGGUGUCAUGGGCAGGUUGGACUGCAGUGGGUGUCAUGGGCAGGUUGGACUGCAGUGGGUGUCAUGGGCAGGCUGGAAUGCAGUGGGUGCCAUGGGCAGGCCCAGAAAAGACAGAUGAAUUUCUCUUAGCCAGAUUCAAAGGUGAUGGAGUACGAUAUAAAGCGAAAUUAAUUGGCAUAGACGAUGUCCCUGAAGCCAGAGGAGACAAAAUGAGCCAAGACUCCAUGAUGAAAUUAAAGGGAAUGGCAGUGGCAGCUCGUUCUCAAGGACAACACAAACAGAGGAUCUGGGUCAACAUUUCACUUUCUGGAAUAAAAAUCAUCGAUGAAAAAACUGGAGUAAUAGAGCACGAGCAUCCAGUUAACAAAAUCUCAUUUAUUGCACGAGACGUGACUGACAAUCGAGCGUUUGGAUAUGUUUGUGGUGCAGAGGGACAACACCAGUUCUUUGCUAUAAAAACAGCACAGCAGGCUGAACCAUUAGUCGUGGAUCUUAAGGAUCUCUUUCAAGUGAUCUACAAUGUUAAGAAGAGGGAGGAUGAAGACAAGAAGCGGAGUGAUGAAUCCUGUCAAUCUGUGGAGAAUGGCGGUGAUUCUUUGCUCAGCAUUAAUGAUGAGGUUGACAAAAUAAAACUGGGUGUUGACCAGAUGAAUUUGUUUGGUGACAUGUCCACACCCCCUGACCUCAAUAGUCCAACAGAAAGUAACGAAAUCCUAUUAGUGGAUCUAAACACUGAAAUCGACACCAAUCAAAACUGUAUUAAUAAAGGAAAUCCCUUUUCAUCAAAUGGAAUCAUCCGUACUUGUUCUUCUGUUUCUCAUUCCAAAGCUCAGUCACCUUUCUUAUCUGAAAAUCCAUUUUCUUCCAAUCUCAGCUUUUUCCCUGCACCAAAUCCAGAUCCUUUUUGUGAUGAUCCUUUCUCUGCUCAAGAUAAAUCAACUUCUUCUUCUUCUUCACAUGAUUUUUCCAAAUCUGUAAAACAUAGAGAACACCUUAAAAGUUCACUUAAUGGUUCAGAAGGCAAUGGUGCUUUGACUAAUGAUAUUGAAUUUGGACAGCAAUUUGACCAGAUUGCUAACCAGUCUUUUAAACAAGAAGCAAUGUCUGACCAGUGGCCUCUUAAUAAUUCCCAAUCACUGCCAAGAGCAAGGACUCAGAAUGGUAUAAUAGAAAAACCCCAAAAUGGUCCUUCACCAAAUCCGUUUGCUGAGUGCCCGUCCAAAGUAGUGGAUCUGCAAAAUGGAAAUGGAGUGAGAAGGAAUUCUGAAAACAAUUCCAGUCUCAAGACAGACUCUGUCAGUGACUCUAUAAGUAUUAUUCCCCCUCCGCAAAAUACCAAGCCCGGAAGAGGCAGGAGAUGUAUGAAGCCAUCUGCUGAUCAUUUGCUUGGUUCAGACCUGUUUCCAUCUAACUCUGUGACAAACACAGAACCAGUUUCGCCUCCGGCUAUCGCUCCCCCACCUGCACAAAUCAAUCCUUUGGAUCUUUUUAAAACUAACAGUCAAUCAGCUGUAACCACCAUUGGAAACCUUGGUACAUUGCCAAUAAAUAUUUCUCCAGCUCAGCCAUGGAAUCCCCAGGGUUUAGCGUUUCCACAACAGGCAUCCACUCUUGUAAAUCCAGUAAUGAGUGCACAGGCCAGUUUUAACCAAACAGCAGUUCUUCCAUCUGCAACACCAAUGACAACCUGGAACCAGCCUACAACCUUUUUACCGCCAGCACCUAUGCAAAAUACUGCAUUGUGGAACCCGCCAGUAGCAGUUCAGCCAAACGCAUGGCCCCAACAAGCUAAUAUAAGCAACCCGUUCCAGACCAGCACUUUUCCCCCUAGACCACCAGUAUUAAUGACAUCAAGUUCUGUCCUGGCAAGCCCACCACAACCACCACCUAGACCAGCACCUGUGAAGGAGUCACCUAAGAAGGAAAGUGAUGUUUUUACUGCUCUUGAUCCUCUUGGUGAAAAAGAAAAGAAGAAUGUGAAGGACAUGUUCAAAGACUACCAACUGGCAAAGCCGCCAGCUGUCCCUGCAAGGAGAGGAGAACAACAGCAAAACAACACAUCUGGAGCUUUUUCCGAUUACUUUAACAACAAAGUAGGAAUUCCACAGGACAACGCUGACCAUGAUGAUUUUGACAUUAGCCAAAUCUCUUCAAAAAUUAACGAGCCACCAAAGCCCGCUCCACGACUACAAACCCUACCUGUGUCUAAACCAUCUGAAGGAUUAUUUGAAAAUCCAUUUGGAUCAGAUUCCUUCAGUGCUUCAUUACAAAACUCUAAACCCACUCAACAUCAAAUAACCUCCUCCAAUCUAUUUGGGGAUCCAUUUGGGAAUCCAUUUGCUUAAGAACAUAUUUACUGUAUUGGUAAGUAGCUCUGAUCUAAGUACUAACAGUUUUUAAUAAUUGGCUGGUAUUAAUUUUGAUGUUAAAGUGGUAUAAAGCACCUUAAAGGACAACUACAGCAAUACCUGUGGACAAGGGCACACCUUCAUAUGCCUAAAAACAAAAAAGUAGUUGUAUUCAGAACACAAACUUAAAAAAAAAGCUUAGAUAAUUUGUACACACAUAUUCUAUUUCUCUUACUUCUUUAUAAUAUGACAAUGAAUAUAUUAUUGAACUUUUAAUCUAGAACAAGCAUUCAUGAUUGUGAGUUCAAUAAUAUAUGCAUUGUUGUGAAAUUGGACUUAGCAUGCAUGGAGGCUCGUCAUCUAUAAAAACCUGUUCUUGAUUGCACAAUCUCAUUUACGGGUCUCUUAAAAAGAUACUAAGCAAAAAGGGGCUAGAUUUUUGGUUUACAUGUAAAAAUCCUGUAAAAAAAAAAAAGUUAUAAGAAGUGUUUUGCAUAGAAUCUCGCAGUCGACAUUUUGUGUACAGUUCACCCCAAAAUGGAACCGGGCCUUUAACAAACAAUUAGCUAGAUUACGAGUUAUGCGCGCCAUAGGGAAUAAAGAAACGCAACAAAAGUUGCGUUAUUUAACCCCCUAUAGCGCAGCCAUUACAAGUUUUUAAACAGCCAGCUUGUGCGUGAUAUAGUGGUUUUAAGCUCCAUACCGCACAAAAAACAAGCACUGUUUUGACGUGCUCGUGCACGCUUUCCCUAUAGUAAUCAAAAGGGAGAGCGGGUCAGAAAAAAAUCUAACACAUGCGAUCGCGGAAAGAAAAUCUCUGUAACGCAGCCCCAUUGAUGUCUAUGGGGGAAAAAAACUAACGUUUAAACCUAACACCCUAACAUAAACCUCACGUCUAAACACCCCUAAUCUGCUGCUCCCGACAUCGCUGACACCAACAUAAUGUUAUUAACCCCUAAUCUGCCGCUCCCGAUAUUGCCGCCACCUAAAUAAAGCUAUUAACCCCUAAUCUGCCGCUCCCAAUAUCGCCGCCACUAUAUUAAAGUUAUUAAAGGAACAUUUUUCUUUUAUGAUUUAGAAAGAGAAUGCAAUUUUAAACAUCUUUCUAAUUUACUUAUAUUAUCUAGUUUGUUUUAUUCUCUUGAUAUUCUUUGAUGAAAAGCACAUAGAAGCCUUGUGUGAUUAGCUCACCAUGUGCAUUGCUUUUUCUUCAACUAAGGAUUUUUAAAAAAUGAAGAAAAAUAAAUAAUGGAAGUAAAUUGUAAUGUUGUUUAAAUUUCUAUUCUCUAUCUGAAUCAUGAAAGAAAGAUUUUGGGUUUAGUGGCCCUUUAAGCCCUAUUCCGCUGCACCCCACAUCGCUGCCACUAUAUUGAAGUAAUUAGCCCCUAUUCCGCCGCACCCCAACAUCGCCGCAACUAAAUAAAGGUAUUAUUUCCUAAACCUUUGGCCUCCCACAUCGCAAAAAUCUAAAUUAAACUAUUAACCCCUACACCUACCCCUAAACCUAACGUAACCCUAACCGUAACCCUUAACUUAACCCUAACCCUAGCACCCCCUAACUUUAACAUAAUUACAAUAGAGCUAAAUUAAACUUAAAUUAUUAACUAAAUAAUACAUAUUUAAAACUAAAUACAUACCUGUGAAAUAAAACCUAAGCUAGCUACAAUAUAACUAAUAGU